AUGGCACAGAGACCAAAGAGCUCGUCCAAUUCCCUAUUGGAUGAUGCAUUCGGUGGAGCGAGUGCGCAAGCAAGAACAGAUGCCCUGCCAUUUCCUAUGACUGUGGAGGAACAGACUGCGUACGAAAAGCUAUUUAGAAUCGCGGACGCUGAAAACAAGAAUGUCAUUACACCGCAAACAGCUUACGAAUUCCUAUCCAAAUCAAAACUCCCACAAACUACCCUAUCUGAGAUAUGGACUGCCGCUGAUUCUGAAAAACGUGGCUUCUUGACGAGAACAGGCUUCUUCAAGGCCCUAAAGUAUAUUGCUUUGGCUCAAACGGGAAGGCCCGUCAGCUCUGGUUUGAAUGGAGCAACUCCGUUACCGGCACUUGAAGGAAUCACAGGGCCAGUAGCUAGUCAUAGAACCGGAGAUAAAGCUGCCGCCAAUGCAUCAUUCGAGUUGACUGAUAGUGAAAAGGAUAGGUUUCAGACUGCAUUCCUUUCUUGCAAACCAGCGAAUGGAACGGUAUCUGGUGAAGCUGCAAGAGACGUCUUUCUCAAAUCAGGUCUACCAACGGACCCUCUGUCCAAGAUUUGGACUUUGGUGGACACGUCAGGCAGCGGCAGAUUAAAUCAAAAUCAAUUCAUGGUGGCCAUGUACCUCAUCUCAAAGCUGAGAUCAGGUGCAUUGUCCCAAGUACCACCAUCAGUUCCGCAAGCACUUUGGAAUAUUGUUGCGUUGGCAGUAUCUCCUCCCGCUUCGCCCAUGCCUACUUUGGCCAGAACACCACCAUCUACACCAGGCCCAGCAAAUGGAAUGCCUCGCCCCUCACAAACACCACAAGCCAUGACUCCACAGUCUGCUGCUGGUGAUUCAUGGGCUGUCCCAAUGGCUGAUCGAACAUCAUAUACUGCAUACUUUGAGAAACUAGAUGUUGGUAAUCGAGGUUAUUUGACUGGUGAAGAUGCCUACCAAUUCUUUGUCAAGUCAAAAUUGCAGGAAGUUGAUUUGCAUCGAGUUUGGGACUUGUCUGAUGUUAACAAGGCAGGAAGAUUGACAAAGGACGAAUUCAUUUUAGCCAUGUUCUUAAUCAAUAUGAGGAUGGCCGGACAAGACCUACCACUGUCGUUACCUUCCAAUCUUAUACCACCAUCUAGCAAAUCCAUGAGUAAUAGAAAUCCAUCCACCAACUCACUCGGUAUCGCCGCAAGUCUGCCAUUCCCAACUAGUAAUAUGGUUAGUCCUGCUCCACGGUCAUCAGUCACUCAAGAACGAGAUUUACUGUCUCUGGAUGUGGAUCCCUUCUCUCCUCGCGCCGCUACAGCAUUUCCACCAUUGAGCUCGUUGGGUACUACACCGUCGAGUAUGGCUCUUCCGACUGUUGGUCUGGGCAAUACUGCAGCGGAUGUGCAAGCUCGAGAAAAGGAACUCACCAUGCAAAAGCAACAAUUGGCUGAUACCCAAAGUCAAUUGUCUACCAUGGGCCCUGCUACUGAAGAACUGCGUACCAGACGUACUGCUCUGGAUUUAGAAUAUAAUCAAGUAAUGGAAACUAAGAGACAGCAAACCGUAAAACUAGCUCAAGCUCGUGCCAUGUUUGAGGCUGAAAAUGUGAAUGUUGGAGAAUUGGAGGCUGCUUUGAGUCGAGAGCUACAAAUAGCAGAGUUGUCAAGACAGGAACUUGCUGCUGCAGAGGCCAAUCGAGAAACACUAAAAACUCAAGCAGAAGGUAUAACAGCCGCUCUCAAUCAAGCCCGUGCAGAUGCUGCUGAAGUCCAACGACGAGUCAAGGACGUAACAGACCAAGCCAACACCAUUCGAGCUCAAAUCGAUGCUCUGAGAAAUGAGCGUCAGCAACAAAGCACAUAUAUUACCCAACAACAACAAGUAUUAUCAGGAACGACAGAAGCCAUCGAGUCUCUACGACUGUCAUUACAACAAGAGAAUCAGCGAUUACAGGAAGAUCAGAAACGAGCCAAUGCUAUUGCUACUCAAGUCGUUGCUCAGACUAGUCUUUUAGAGAAGGAGAGAGCCAGUCAUAAUGUGCAAAUGUCUAGUAUAGGAAAGGAGAGGUCGGAUUUGGCUCAAAUCAUUGCUGCUGCAGAACAUCAAAAAGCAGCUGCUGAAGAAGCGUUGAAGAAAUUAGGUGCUGAAAAGUCUGGUGCAGUAUCCAAGUCUGCUUCUGUAGCUAGUUUGAGUCCUGUGACUCCUGCUAGUGCACCUGUAGCUAGUAGUGCUCCAGCUGCAAAGUCUGUAGUUGAAUCCGCAUCGUCAGCACCAACUACACCAGCAGUAGCCAAGCCUGUAGAAACAGUAGCUCCAGCGGUCAAGGCAGAUGAUUCAUUGGCGUCAUUCGAUCAACGCUUCCCUGAUAUUGGGAGCGCACCAGCAGCUGUGACUCCAGCACCUAUAAACACUAGUGCCCCAGUUGCUACAAAACAAGCUACCACUGCUCCAGCCGUAAAAGCAGCAACUACACCCGCUGCUACCACAACACCAUCUGCAGCGAAAACCACGACAUCACCUCCAGCAUCCAAACCAACUACACCACCAUCAACACCAGCAAUAGGAAAUGGUACAGCUAAAGUUGCUGCUGCUACCGCCCCUGUUGCUGCCAAAAUAGUUGCUCCAACAACCACUACUAGUAGUACUCCUGCUGCAGUUGGAACACCCAUAGCUGCAAAAUCUACAGAAAAGGAUUCAUUAGAAGAUCUCAUGAGCUCAAAUCAACCCAAAAAAGUAGCACCAGCCCCACCACCAUCUAAAGCAGGUGCUGUGAAGUCACCAGAGUCAUCAAAACCUACUUCACCAACUGGUUCUGGAACAUCUACACCAAUUGGAACGUCAUUAACAAACAUAGCACCUGCAGCAGCCAAAGUAGCCACAACGACGACUCCAGCAGUUGCUCAAUCAGCUGCAGUAGCGCCAACAACAGCAGCAGCUGCUGCUGCUCCAGUCGUAGCAGCUACAGCCGCCAAAGUCACGAGUGAACCACCGAUGCCACCACAAGCUACAAAACCAUCUAAAGCACCUGGAGCCUCGACCGAUCCAACAACAGUCACAUCACCAGUAGUAGCCGCAGCUCCUUUUGAAGCCAACUUUGAUGAAGCCUUCAAAAAUCCAACCCCUGUAGACACCUUUGGUGCUCCUUCGCCCGCUCUCACUGCCAGCACCACUACAGCAGCAAAGAAGGCAGUGAAUGUCGACAUUGAUAAAGAAUUAUCAGGAUUACAAGGUGCUACUGUAGUAGAUAAAGGAGAUGUAUUUGCAGAUGAUUUGAAAGCAAAUGAUGCCUUUACCUUUGAUCCAUCAUUCAAAUCUACGGGUGGUGAUGAUCCAUUUGCUGCAUUUGAUUCCAAGUCGAAUGGGAAGGGAGGAGCAGGAGACUUUGGAUUUGAAGAUGCAUUCGCUAUGGUUAAGGGACAUGCUGGUGCUGGUGGUUCUCCUACUGAUGAUGUUGAGCAAAUGAAGACGUUGUUGGAUAUGGGUUAUACGAGAGAGCAAGCUGUUGGUGCAUUAGACAAGUCAGACUACCAGCUCGAUAAAGCUUUAGAAUUGUUAAUGAAGUGA